UUAAGCUACAGCAAACCCAGCGCUGGUGAGCGCGCCAUUGCGCACACCAUGUGUUCAGGGCGAGGGCCCAGAGUUUAUGUCCAAACGUUUCUUUUAUCGGUAAACUUGCCAUAAUAACGCAUGGUUGGAAUUUACGACACAUGAAACGGAUAACUCUCGGAUAAUGUUAAAAUGUGAUCUUGGCUUUUGCCCUAACUGCUCGGGGUGCAGCGAACAACGCUGAUGACAGGUUUUUUGACAGUGCUCCUUUUUUGCAUUCGUUUAUUGGAGCGCAGGACAAAGAAAAGUGUGCGAUGGAUCUGUCUCUUCUGGGGUUUCCAUUACUAUCCACACCAGCGUCUGAACAUUGAGCUCUGGAAUUGCUUCUUAAUAUUGAGCUGCCUGAGUGCCACCGCACAUUUGCCCAUUGCUGGUGCUGCUGAAACACACGGGAUGACAAUACAUGACGUUAAAGAGCUUCAGUCGGAGUUGAAAAACUUGAAAAGUACCAUAGAAAAAUCAGAUGCCUGUUUGUAUGCUCCUACCAACGACGACAUCUACAAUGACAACUGCAUCUUUAAGUUCAUGCACUGUUAUUUAUUGGAGUUGGAGGUUGUCCUGUUCGAGGACAUGUCGGUCACAGAUAACUACCAUGACGAAAUAAAAACAUCCAUCUACCAUCGGAAAAAACAAUUGGAAGAACAUGAACGCCAAUAUAACAGUUCUAGAUGCUCACCGUGUGAGGCACAGAGAGUUGCCAACUCCACAAUAUUCCUCUACAACCUGGAGCGCCUUUUGGAGAGAAUAGGGCAAACUGUCAGUUGAAUAUAUUGUAAAUAUGUUGAAAUUGUUUUUCAUAAAUAACGUAGCAAACAAUGUCAUGUGUGUGUUAUUCUACCUUUGGUCAUGAUAGUAUGUGAAGAAAUUAGCAGAGUGACAGCUAGUGCUCGUGUCCAAAUGUAUAUUACCUCUCAGUUCAAGUGUAAUUGUAACUAGCUGUUUAUAUUUUUGUAUAUAAUGAAAUAACUUUUACAUCUGUACUUGUCAUAUUUAUUAACACAUUUAUUGAAAUGCCUAUUUGGAGCUUUACAUGUUUUUGUUUCCUCAGUGUGCAUAUGACACGGAUAACUGUCACUAACUAGUUUCCCUUAGAGUUCCUUUGCGCAUCCUGAAUCAAAAUAAAAUCCCAGAAAAUAAACAUGUUGAUUUGAUCAUUUCCUAGAAUAUGGGUGCCUGGCAGAAGUUGAAAUAGGGACAUGAAGUGGGACUGUGCCUCAAAGAAACAGGAAGCUGUGCCGUGCUCCAUUUCCUGAUACUGUGGCAGAUGACGAUAUGAAACUAGAAGUCUCCAGUACAACUUUCUGGCACGCAUCCAUUUUGUAAUAGUUCUGUUUUUUUCUUGAUGGAGAACUACAGGUUUUUUUUGCAUUUCAAUAAAAGUUUUCAGAAAAACAUUUUAUUGCUAGAACAAACGUGUUAGAAACCACGUCUUGUGGAUUCACUGUAAGCUUUUAUAAUAUGGCAAAUAAAACAUUAGAUAACGAUGACAUGUACAGUUAUGACACAAUAAAACCUAACCCUUUACUGUCCCCA